AUGGAAGAUCUGCAGCUUGAGUAUGAGCGGCUGAAGCGUCGCCACCUCCGCGAGAAAAAAGAGCUGCAGGACCGCAUCCAGGCCAUGAAGAACUCGGUCCCUAAGAACGACAAGAAGAAAAGAAAGCAGUUGCUCCUUGACGUGGCCCGCCUUGAGGCCGAAAUGGAGCAGAGACAACAGCGGGAGCUGGAGAAGUACACAGAGCUUCCCCCUGCUAGCAGCAAUCUCGAUUCCGUCAGUGAGGGUCUGGCCAAGAUGAAUCUUGAGAACUGUCCUCCUUGCCUCUCGAGGGCCCAGAGAAGGCGCGAAAGAAGGGCGGCGCUCCAGAGAGAGCGCCAGAAGAUGGCGGCUGCCGCCGAGGCGGGGUACCUGGCCAGCUGUCGCCGCGACGAGGAGGAGAAGCUAGCGGUCAUCCUGGCGGCCAAGAACCUGGAGAUGAAGGAGAUCCCGGCCGACAGCCACUGCAUGUACCGCGCCAUCCAAGACCAGUUGUGGUUCUCCGUGACCGUGGAGAACCUGCGGGGCCGCACCGCCAACUACCUGCGGAAGCACGUCGACGAAUUCCUGCCCUUCUUCAGCGACCCCGAAACCGGCGAUGUCUACACCCGCGACGACUUCUUCAACUACUGCGACGACAUCGUGCACAACGCACCGUGGGGAGGCCAACUCGAGCUGAGGGCCCUGUCGCACGUCCUGCAGUGCCCCAUCGAGGUGAUCCAGAUGGAGUCGCCCGUCCUCCUCUUCGGGGAGGAGUACACCAAGAAGCCGCUCACCCUCGUCUACAGGCGCUACACCUCCAGCUUUGGCGGGGAGCACUACGACUCGGUGAUGCCGGCCCAAGCCCAAGCCGGCGCCGUGGGGGGCGUCGCCUCGUGGUUCUUGUAG